AUGGAUGAGAAGAAGGAGUUCGAAGGACUCAAAUCCUUCGAUGCCUUUCCAAAAACCCGAGUAUCCUACACGACGAGAUCAUCGAAAGGCGGCGUUAUAACAAUGGUGUUCGUGGCAAUCUGCGUCUGGCUGGUUUGGGGCGAAUUGAGCCUCUAUCUGGACGGGAAGUCGGAAGAACACUUCAGCGUCCAAGGCGGGGAGGGCCAUUUUAUGCAAAUCAAUCUCGAUGUAAUAGUGGCCAUGCCGUGCGACAGUCUACAUGUCAAUGUUCAGGAUGCCGCUGGAGACAGAAUUCUCGCCGGAGACCUCUUGCACAAGGCCUCCACUGAUUUCAUAUACGCCGAUACACAUUCCUUGCCACAGAAAUUGAAAAACAAAGAUUCGAGAGAAGGAGGGCCAUCAUAUGACGGGUCGGAAGAAGUUAUUAAGAAAGCUGGGAAGAAAAAGAAGUUCAAGCUGAAUCUCCCAAAGCGACCGAAGGGGAAGAGCUGUAGAAUAUGGGGCUCAAUGGAUGUUAAUCGUGUUAUGGGUGAUUUCCAUAUCACUGCGAAAGGCCACGGUUAUUGGGAUCCCGGCCAGCAUGUGGACCACGACACCUUUAAUUUCAGCCAUGUUGUGAAUGAGCUCUCGUUCGGCGAAUUCUACCCAAAACUGGUGAACCCGUUGGACGGGGUCGCCUCAGUUACCGAAGAUAAAUUCUAUAGAUAUCAAUACUUCAUGUCCGUCGUCCCUACAACAUAUAAAGCGCACGGUCGGACGCUCCAAACGAACCAAUACAGUGUUACAGAGCAAGGACGCAGCAUGAACCCUCAGAGUGUUCCUGGGAUCUUCUUCAAGUUUGACAUUGAGCCAAUUAUGCUCACUAUCACGGAUACCCACACCCCGUGGAUAUACCUGAUUGUGCGACUUGCCAAUGUCAUCGGUGGGGUUAUGGUGGCAGGAGGAUGGCUCUACAAAAUAUCCGAUGGUGUUCUCGGGUCGGUUUUACCAUCACGAAGACGAGGGUUACGCAACGAUCAUUAUUUGAACGGAACGCCGAUAUACUAUGAGGAGGUUGAUGAAUAG